UUAUUUGGCAUAUGGAAUUUGGAAGACCCACUUAAAUACAUCGAUUUGAGUUGCAACAUUUUGUUUUUUCAUCUCUCAGAUCCACCAGGUUGGGGAACGCAUUUGAGAUAAGUAUUUUAGAAUCAUUUGGAAAGCAUUGGAAUAGAAUGAUCCAUUUACAUCAAAUUGCAGGAUCAUUCUGCAAUUGAGACAUUGAAUGAUCUUCUUCGGCAGAAUUUUAUGAAAUGAUGCUACUUCUGUUUUCUUUUUCUUUCUGAUUAAAAUUUCUCAGAAAUAUAUCCUGAAUUAUACAGAAGUAAUUCAGUGAUAUAUUUCUCUAUAUAUGGGAUUGAAAAGUACUUAUUCUUGUAUUUUAGGUAGCAUAUUUUCCAUGGAUUCCAUGAAAGGACAAGGAGGCAUCCAGAUGCUGCUGACUGCAGAGCAGGAGGCCCGACAGAUUAUUUCCAAUGCUAAAAACUUAAAGUUGACGAGGUUGAAACAAGCUAAAGAAGAAGCUGAGAGGGAAGUGAAACUCUACCACUCCAAUAUGGAAGCUGCCCACCAGAAGAAAAUUUCUGAGACAAGUGGGAGCAGUGGGUCAAAUGUAAAACGGCUUGAUGAGGAAACUGCAAUGAGGAUUCAAAGCUUGAAAGAGUCUGCUUCUAGGGUUUCAUCAGAUGUUGUUGCCAUGCUCAUCAAGCAUGUCACAACGGUGAAAGCUUGAUAUGUGGUGGUCAGUACAACUACUUCAUCAGUUACAUCGAUUAAAGCUCGACCUACUUUAGGUCUAGGGCUUCUACUUUUAUGGUGUUUUCUAAAUUUGUAGAAACCCCGAGUUCCAUUUGGAUCAGGGA